CCAUGUUGAUCUUUGUUUCUGAAGAGGAGGAGGAAGAAGACGAUGGUUGACACUUGACAGAGUAAGCUCAGAAAUGGCGACUCUGGUUUCGAAUUGAACUUGUGAGGAAGGUUUUUAGGGUUAUAAGGUGAUAAAGAAAAUGGGGAAUAGUGGAGAUUUGGAGCAGGCUCUGCAAGAUGGGAAUAUCUUUAGACAGCUCAAUGCUCUUAUUGUAGCUCAUCUCCGUCAUCACAAUCUCUCACAAGUUGCAAGUGCGGUUGCUUCAGCAACAAUGACACCAUUGAAUAUUGAGGUUCCUCCAAACCGUCUUUUGGAGCUUGUUGCAAAGGGUCUUGCAGCGGAGAACAAUGGGACAUUGAGAGGUGUUUCUUCAUCAGUCUUGUUACCUUCUUCUUAUGGAUCAAUCACUACUCCUCGAACAGCUUCUAUCGACUUUAGGUGAUGUCCCUUUCUGCAAUAAGUUAUGUUUCUUAAGAGAUGAAAUCAAAACUGCUUACCAUCUAAAGAAUGUUUGGAAUUGUUCGAACUAGUGUUAAUCAUGCGAAGGGCUCAUCAAAGACUAUCCCAAAGCAUGAAUCAAAGACGCUAUCAGAGCACAAGAGCGUUGUUAGGUGUGCAAGAUUUAGUCCUGAUGGAAUGUUUUUUGCUACUGGUGGUGCAGACACAUCUAUUAAGCUCUUUGAGGUGCCAAAAGUUAAACAGAUGAUUUCAGGAGAUACUCAAGCUCGACCAUUAAUACGGACUUUUUAUGAUCAUGCUGAACCGAUAAACGAUCUUGAUUUCCACCCUCGGAGCACAAUCCUAAUAUCUAGUGCCAAAGACAACUGUAUAAAGUUCUUCGACUUCUCCAAAACCACGGCUAAACGAGCAUUCAAAGUUUUUCAGGAUACCCAUAACGUGCGCUCUAUAUCUUUUCAUCCGUCAGGAGAGUUUCUUCUUGCAGGAACCGAUCAUCCAAUUCCACAUCUGUACGAUGUAAACACAUAUCAGUGCUUUCUUCCUUCAAACUUCCCUGACAGUGGAGUAAGUGGAGCCAUUAAUCAGGUGAGAUAUUCUUCCACGGGAUCCAUCUACAUUACAGCCUCAAAGGAUGGAGCUAUUCGACUCUUUGACGGGGUUAGCGCAAAGUGUGUUCGCUCCAUUGGCAAUGCACAUGGAAAAUCAGAGGUCACAAGCGCAGUGUUCACUAAAGAUCAAAGGUUUGUUCUCUCAUCCGGUAAGGAUUCCACAGUUAAGUUAUGGGAAAUAGGCUCAGGUCGAAUGGUAAAGGAAUAUCUUGGAGCAAAGCGGGUAAAACUGCGGUCUCAGGCAAUUUUUAACGACACUGAAGAGUUUGUAAUCUCCAUAGAUGAAGCAAGCAAUGAGGUCGUUACAUGGGAUGCUAGAACCGCAGAUAAAGUGGCAAAGUGGCCUUCUAACCAUAACGGUGCACCACGGUGGAUCGAGCACUCGCCGGUUGAAUCAGUCUUUGUUACUUGUGGAAUAGAUAGAUCAAUUCGGUUCUGGAAGGAAUCCGUUUAGAUGAGAAUCCAAUCAAUCAAAGUAGUGUAUUUUAUUCUCUUAAAACAUAAACCAUACAUGAAAAAAAAAAAAAAUCCGUUGUUCAUGUUGCUUUGUAGAAGACGCAAGUAAUCUUCCAGGUCACUGCAAAAGAACGAAAUCAAAGCAGGUGAGCUUCAAAACCAGAAUUACAGAUUUGUUGAGGUUUGUUUCUGUUGUGAAACUUACUCAGGGCUGUAGUCACUCUCCUUCUGUCGGAGGUUAUAAACCUACUGAGCUUCGCAUGCGGGAGGAACGGGGUUCGAUAUCCCGCACCUCCAUCUUCUUUACUAAAUCGAGUUUUUAUUUUAUUUUGCAUUCAAAACAAAAAAAAUUAGUGCAUAGAGUCUUCAUAAAAUUAAUGCAUAUUACUGUAUUUCUUACUUAAAUGUUGUUCGUUUUACUCUUGGGAGUUUCAACUCUAUUCAAAUUUAUAAACG